AUGUCAAAUACCAUCACGGUGAGCAUGGAUGAUACGUUAAGAGUUGUGUGCCCUGCUGCAGGAGUGGAAAAAAGAUAUCUGAAAAUUCACAAGGUCAGCGCCCUGUCAUAUGAGUCAUGUCUUCUGGAGACACAAAGAACUCUGGUAGCUACAUGUGAUGGCAGCGAAGCAUCUCAAAAACCUACUAUCAUAGGAGUACGGCGUUUCAGUCCAUUGCCAUCGUCUAAAGCCAUCCUUUUUGAACCGGGCGAAACAUAUUAUUGGAUUGCAACUUCAAGCGGAGAGAAAGAAGGUAUCAAUCAAGCUCAUCGCGGUAUGUGUGCGGCAGACAAUAUGCGCCUCGUCAUUCACGUCCGGCCACAAUCGGAUUCGUCAAGUUCGGAAAUUCGAACGACUACCAUGAAGAAUUCACGGCAUGAACUGGCUAUGCUGCCCUCGGAAACCCCUGUGAACCCGAAGUUUUCCGCUAUAGCACAUUCGCUUGCCUCAUAUCCACAGCGACGCCAGCCCAAAGUACCUGACGGUGUUACGCCUGAGCAACUGCAGAAGGUUGCGGCACUCGCUCAGAAAGGUGCAACUGGAACGUUCACCUUUGACACGCCAGAAGCCCAAGAUCGCGAGAAAGACGCCGCUUCUCGGUCGGAAAGCAUUUUGUGGGACACCGUCCCACUUUUGGAAAAUGUUCUCAAUGGGGCGUCAGACAACUUGUUGUUCGGCUCAAAUCGAAUAGGAGAUGAGGAAGGGGCAUUUGUUGUUCACGAGGACAUAGCACGAUCCUACGAGUACCAGUCCAAUGCCGUUGGGAUGCCCCAGUGA